CUAGACUUCGCAACGAUGUAUUCUCCGCCAUUCAUGCAGUUCAAUCCAGAAUUACCAUACAGUUUUGAAACGCAGUUAUUUUUCUUGUUGGUUUCUUUCCUUUUAAUAAUCUUGAUUGCACACAAGCAUCUGCAAGAUCUUUCUAUCAGGUCACAGUACAGCCUACCUCCAGGACCAUGGGGACUGCCAAUUAUUGGGGCGGCAUUUCGCAUCGGGUCAGACAACUACAAGGACUUCCUCAAACUAAGCGAAGAGUACGGUGAUGUGUACAGCCUGUACAUUGGCAGCCGACUGGCUGUCGUGUUGAACGGGAGCGAAGCCAUUCAUGACGCGUUGGUCAAGAACUCCUUAGUGUUUGCUGGUCGGCCUGACUUGGUUACCAUGGAGAUGGCCGGACAAGGCGGAAGAGGUAUCUUAAAUGCAACAUACGGCAAGAAGUGGCAGAUAUUACGCAAAACGUCCUUCUCUGCCAUCCACAAGUACCUCACCACUAAAGAUGUCUUGUACGCUACUCUUAACAAAGGAAGACAUCACCUUAUCGAACAACUACACAACAACCAAGCCACACCAUACGAUGUCAUGUCAGCACUCAAGUCCACCACUGCUACAGUCAUACUUGGAGCUCUAUUCGGCGACGAUUACUGCAAACAAGACGUGGAUAAAAUCCUAGCUCUUUCAGACUCGUUCCGCGAGACCGUUGGAUGUGGUUUAGCUAUAGAUUUCAUGCCUUGGUUGAAGUAUUUUCCCAAUCCUCAACUUGAUCGCUUGAGUGGCAUCAUGGAUCAAGCAAAGAGCGUCAUCAGCAAAUUGUACUUUGAAAAUAAAUCCUCAUACAAAAGAGGAACCAUUCGUAAUCUCGCUGAUUCGUUGUUGGAAGGAGUCAACAAUCUCAAGGACAAGCAAAGACAAAAUCCAAUACUAGACUGCAACUCAAACCUGGUUGAAGGCGAAGGUCUCCCCACAGAUGACCUGGAUUCUAUCAUGGUUCUUGUCGAUCUUUUUGGAGCUGGCUUUGAUACCAGUUCCAUCACUCUUUACUUUGCCAUUGCGUACUUGGUCAAAUACCCUCAUGUACAAAGGAAGGCACAAGAAGAGCUUGAUCAAGUCAUUGGAAGACACAGGAUGCCUCGAGUAUCAGACCUUGACAAUUUGCACUACACUAACGCUUGUGUUUACGAGUUGUUGCGUAUCUGUGCUUUGGCGCCUUUGUCUGUGCCUCAUUCUACCACAUCUGAUGUCAUCUUUCGUGGCUACUUCAUCCCUAAAGGUACCGUAGUUUUCGUCAACCUGUGGUCCGUGCUACGAGAUCCAAAGCUAUGGAAAGACCCGGAUGUUUUUGAUCCUACCCGUUUCCUUGACGACAAAGGUCACGUGAUAUCCCCUAGRCGGUUACCCAAAUUCCUGCCAUUUUCUACCGGUCGUCGUGCUUGUGUUGGUAGAUCGCUAGCCGAGGUUGAACUGCCGUUUUUAUUGGCAAGUCUGGUUCACCAGUUCGAGUUUACAAGCGCUGAAUCUGGCGAGGAGAAGAAGAAGACGGUCAAGACAGAAAAUGGACUUACCUUGAAACCUGCGAAGUACGAAGUCAUUAUAAAAGUACGGUAAAUACUAUGAAUAACG